GGAAAGGAAAUAAUGUUAAGAUCGAGUUGGCAAACGUCCCUCAAACUACAAUCCCAGCAUGCUCGGCGCCCCUAGAGGCUGCGGUGCCACAGCGCCUGCGCCCAGCCCAGCCAGCCAGCGGGUUAUCGCGUCCCAGAAGCUGCAGGGAGAACACAGCCGAGGGGCUGCGGCCGGCCGCUGUGACACAGAAGCGGGGAAAAGAUGUGGGUUUUUGGUUACGGGUCCCUGAUCUGGAAGGUGGACUUCCCCUAUCAGGACAAAAUGGUCGGAUACAUCACAGACUUCAGCAGGCGUUUCUGGCAGGGCAGCACUGACCACCGCGGGGUCCCAGGCAAGCCUGGAAGAGUUGUGACUCUUGUUGAAGAUCCUGGGGGUUGUGUAUGGGGGGUUGCUUAUAGAUUGCCAGUAGGAAAAGAAGAAGAAGUAAAAGCAUACCUUGACUUCAGAGAGAAAGGAGGAUACAGAACCACAACAGUUAUCUUUUAUCCAAAAGAUCCUACAACAAAACCAUUCACUGUGUUGCUAUAUAUUGGAACGUGUGAUAAUCCUAAUUAUCUUGGUCCUGCACCUCUAGAAGACAUUGCUGAACAAAUUUAUAAUGCAUCUGGUCCAAGUGGAAGAAAUACAGAAUAUCUGUUUGAAUUGGCAAAUUCUAUUAGGAACCUUGUACCAGAAGAAGCAGAUGAACAUCUUUUCUCUUUGGAAAAAUUAGUAAAGGAACGUUUAGAAGGAAAAUAGAACCUCAAUUGCAAAUGAAGACCCAAUCAUUGACUUUUCCUAAACAAGCAGAGCUUUUAGUCUUCAGAUAAUAAAUUUGAUGCACAAGGGCAAUAUGAUUGAGAAGUAUGUUUACUUGAAGAACUGAUUUAUUGUUGUUGUAGUCAGGAUAUCAUAUAAAUGUAUAGUUUAAUGGCAAAUAUUCUAAAAAAUAUAUAUAUUCAAGAUUAGGACACAGUAAAUGAAAAAAUUUGAGUGUCAAUAACAUGAUUUCCUAACUAUGUAAUAUUGAACACUUGCUUAUUGGAAAUGAAUUCUUUAGAAAAACAUAGUAAAGGAUUCAGUUCAGUUUCAUAUUUAUCAGUAAAAAUAAUUCUAUUUCAUUUCACAAAACUAUUUUAAAGUUAUAAAGAAUUAAACCAAAAAGAGUAAGUUUAUGCCUUCAGUAUAUUCCUAUACAAUAUUCUGUAACCAUGGUUUAAAAUAUUCAAGCUUAAAAUAAUGUGUAAUUAAAAAUAUUUGGUGACAAGAGUUUAGCCUUGAUAAUUAAUUCUUUGUUAUUCAGAUAUUAAAUGUGAUCCUUUUGAAUUAAACCAAAAGAAAUUGUCACUCUUUAUAACAAAAGCUUUUCUUGGAAUUAUAAUGUUUGUAUCUCUCCUUUUUUGAAUAAAUGCAUUUAUUACAUGGAAAAAAAUUGUUCAGCUAAAGAACACAAAGUAUAUUAUACAAAUUAUGUCCACUAAUGAUGCAGUAUGUUGGUCACACUGUAUUCAUCUUAUAAUGAAACUGAAAAGAAAAUGGGUUUUCUGAUAUUAAAAAUGAACAAAAAUAUAUAUAAUGAAAGUUCA